AUGUAUUUGAAGAAAAGAGAACACUGGGAAGGAGAGAAUUACGUACCGGAGGAGAAAGUCGAAGGCGUGAAAAGAAAGAAGGUAACUUUGAAUAUUUGGGAAGUUUUGGACCAAAUCAGCAACACUUCGGAUUCCUCCCAGGUUUUCCCCCUCCUUUCGAAGAUAUUCAAGUUGCCGCCGUUAUCUACCGAUGACAUGUGUUUGGCUUUAAUGAAAUUGCUGCAUAUUUUCGAUACAACGAAGCAAGCGUUUACUCGCACGAAAAUCGCCAGCGCCUUAUGUGAGAUCGUCGAUCAUAGCGACAAGGCGAGUUGCAGUACGAGCGUUGUUUCGCUGAUUCAGGUGAUCACUGACGUCAUCGAACAGGAAGACAUUAUGAGUGCUGGACCAUUGAUUCCGCUGCUGGCGAAGCUGGCCCUCUUGCUGAAUUGUGAGAACCCAUUGUUUCAGAAAGUGUUUUCGCUUCUGCGCGAGCAACUCAAAAUCUCUGAAUUUCCGUUCAUUCGCAUUAGCUGCCUCAAUGCCAUUACUCAAAUGUCGCUGAAGAUGAAGCACUUGCGUCGUCCGUUAGACAUCAAGCCUUCAGCAACCAGUUCCAUUGACGUUGACAUGGACGAGGGAGAAGCGGACCAGCUACUCAAAUCUAAGCCUCUUCCCAUCGAUACUGCUGCUGCCGCAGGAGCUGACGCCAGCGAGCCGGAAAUUGAGUCGAUCCUCUUCAUGUUUGCAGCUGAUUCUGACUGCCACAUUAGAAUGAAAGCAGUCGAAUACCUGCGUCUGUACCACGACAGCGGAUUCAGACUCUCUUUCGAAAAUUAUGGCGCUGUAUGCAAAAUGCUCGAUGAUGAAUUCUAUUUCGUACGACUGAACAGUUUGGAGUUGCUGAUGGCCUAUGCAUCACUGUAUCCAGAAAAUUUGGUUGAAAGCCUUAACAAAGGAACUGAACUUCGUCUAACCGACGAUGUGUUCCUAAGGUUGUCGAUUGCGAUGCACGACGAAAUGAUCCCUAUGCGCACUACCGCCGCCACUCUGAUGGGAAACAUGAAGAAUGUUAGCGCGCGCUUUUUGGAGCAGAUGCUUGACAAGCAGCUCAUGUACAGCAUGCUCUUGUCCGAUGCUGAAUUCCAGGAAGUUUUUGCCAGGUCUUCUACUGGCUAUCGUUACGAACCUUCGAUUCCAAUGGAAUUGAUAAUGGUCGAUUCAGCUUUUGUCAUACCACAGAGCUGCUGCGGUUCAUUCGUCCUUGGACUCGAGGAUGAACACAAAGGCUCAAAUGCUUGCGUAUGGUCCACUUGUCAGCUGGCAUCACAGUCCGCACCUUUUGCUCAGAAGUCAAUGAAUAUGCUUCUGGACGUGUUUAACGACGAAAUUGAAGAAGUGAGGCUGACGCUGAUUCGGAAUCUGUCGAAGCCCUUGUUGCACGUAGUACUCACCGAGGAUCAACUCGAAGUGAUCAUUACGGCGUUGCAUAAUGCAUCAUCAGCAAUUCAUAAUACGAUCUGUGAACUCCUCUCCAACUGUCGGGUUUACACCCCGCAGUGUUUGCAGAUGGCUUUGCAAGCGUUCGUUGGAUGCAUUAAGGAGUGUCCUGAGAAGCAGGAAUCUGUCUUCAAGUGUAUUCGAGAACUUGGCAAAAACAACGCCAAUCUCGUCAUGUGCAUAAUGGAGGAGCUAUUGGGAUUACACCCUUUUCUGGAUAUGCCUGGCACUUCGCUAGAAGACUGCAACUGUACCGCCAAGCUGAUAUUGGUUUUCAGUGCGGCACGUUAUUGCCCGGCCAUGCAUUCUGUAAUGCGGCGCUACGCUUUGUGCCAUUACGACUAUUUGCAUACUACACCGGAACUUGUCCCCCUCUUAAAAAAUUCGCCAAAGGAAAGCGGAAUUGGGAAGUCUGCAGGUGCUGGCCAAGCGAAUUUUCCGCAGCUUAUGAAAAUGCUUGAAACCUUGUUGAGCACCUGCCAGAAUCUCCCUCCUAGCUCAAGAACAGUCACCUUAAAAGCGAUCACUAGAGACAGUGGAGCAGGCGAGAAGUUCAAGUACCUCGGAAUUGUAUUUCCUAGUGAUGGAAAAUUUGAAGAAGAGAUCGACCGGCGAAUUGGAGUAGCUAGUGGCGUUCUGCGUGAACUAGCCCGAGCCAUUGUGACUAAAGCAAAGCUAAGUCUGAAAACUAAGCUCUCAAUGUUCAAGUCGAUCUUCACCCCCAUACUUACCUACGGUCAAUCGUGGAUCACUACUGAAAAACUUCGAUCCCAUGUACAAGCUGCUGAAAUGGGCUUUCUUAGGCGAGUCGAUGGUCUUACGCGUCUCGACAUGGUCCGGAAUACUGACGUCUGUUAG